UGCAAUCGACUAAAACACGUCGACAUGGAGAAGAUAAACAGAAAGUAGCGCAGCCGUUGUUGUCGUUGUAAAACAUCGAGAAUUGCGCGUCUUAAACACGUGAUUUCAUGUCGUCUUUUCACGAUUGAGUCGCGUUUUAUUGGAGCUGCUCUGUAAAGGGGAAAGCGGAUGCUCGUGAAAACAUGGACAGUGGCCUGAGUCCGCAGGAUAAGAAAGAUCUGGACAAGUUCAUAAAGUUCUUUGCCUUGAAGACAGUCCAGGUGAUCGUCCAGGCUCGCCUUGGAGAGAAAAUCUGCACUCGCUCAUCCUCAUCACCGACAGGAUCUGAUUGGUUUAAUUUAGCCAUCAAAGACAUCCCCGAGGUGACUCAUGAAGCCAAGAAGGCGCUGGCCGGACAACUCCCCGGCAUCGGACGCUCCAUGUGCGUCGAGAUCUCCCUGAAGACGUCGGAGGGAGACUCGAUGGAGUUGGAGACUUGGUGCCUGGAGAUGAACGAAAAGUGUGAUAAGGACAUCAAGGUGUCGUACACGGUCUACAACCGUCUGUCUGUCCUGCUGAAGUCUCUGCUCGCCAUCACCAGAGUAACACCCGCCUACAAACUGUCCAGAAAGCAGGGACAUGACUACGUCAUUUUAUACAGGAUUUACUUUGGGGAAGUCCAGCUGAGUGGACUCGGAGAAGCUUUUCAGACGGUGCGGGUCGGUGUUGUCGGCACACCCGUGGGCACAGUCACACUGUCAUGCGCGUACCGCACCAACCUGGCCUUCAUGUCCAACAGACAGUUUGAGCGGUCGGCUCCCAUCAUGGGGAUCAUCGUGGAUCACUUUGUGGAUCCUCCCUGCAGCGGCCAGCGACCUGCAAACAUGGGACAGCCCUGCAACUACAGAGCUCCAGAUGAGGACGACGGAGGACCGUUUGCAGGCGUUCAGGACUCACAGGAGGUCUGCACCACCUCCUUCUCCACCUCCCCUCCCUCUCAGUGCGUGUGCACACUGAGCCCUUCGCCCUCUAAACUGUCUAAGCCCCUCCCCCUGGACAGUCUGCAGAUUCCAUUGGCUCCUGGACUUGUCACUCACACUCUCUACGCUUCCAGGUUGUCAUACCAGCCUUCAGCUCUAGGGGGAGCUGCUGAGUUCUGUCACCCCACUGCCAAUCCAAACCAGGUGUUGCAUGCUGGGAAAGAGGGCGGGGUCGUGCUGGUUCCUGCGCAGCCUCCUCAUGCAGCUGAUGCCCACCUGACCGCAGAACAUGCCCCCAACACACCUGGCAGCAGCGGUGAUGAUGACGGUCUGUCGAACAGCGGCGAGGGACGCAGGGACGAAGUACGGAGGAGUGUUUCUCCCUCCGACCCCGUGGAGUCGCUCAACGCCUUCACGAGGAAAGUCGGAGCGUUUGUUAAUAAACCCAGCGCACAGAUCACAGCAGCCAGUCUGGAUCUUCCAUUUGCUGCGUUCGCUCCUCGAGGCCUCGACUCCGAGGACAAUGACCCCAUGGUGCAGCCUCCAGACUCUCCUCCAUGCCCCUCCCCCCUGCAGGCCAGUCUCCACUCUCAGGGCUCGGAGGGAUCAGGGCCACAGGACGACUUUGUCAUGAUCGACUUUCGUCCAGCCUUCUCUAAAGACGACUUGUUGCCGAUGGAUUUGGGAACGUUUUACCGCGAGUUUCAAAACCCUCCUCAGCUGGCGAGCCUCUCUCUGCACAUCAGCUCUCAGUCCAUGGCAGACGACCUGGACUCUCUGCCCGAGAAACUGGCCGUCUACGAGAAAAACAUUGACGAGUUUGACGCCUUCGUGGACAUGCUCCAGUAGAAGACGAGCGAGGGGUUAAUGUGAGGAAAGACUAUAUAAGAAUGAAAGGGAGAAGCAGACUGUGUCGUUGUUUGUCCUUUGAGAAUCACACAUUUCUCUCUUCCUGGCACGUUCACACCUCCUCUCUGACCAGCCUGUACAGAUCGUCCUCGCCACUGUAAAUACCCAUCAUCUUGUCGGGGAAAGUUAAGACGCUUAAAAAAAAAGGAUCACAAUCGCCCUCUGUGUGUAGUCACGAUAAGUUCAACGGUAGCUCGCCCCCUCCUGAGUAUGUGAGCUUGUUCUCUUCAUCAUGGCCUUUCUGACUCUAAAAUCAAAACAAUCCUCGGGUAUUUGUUUCAUCUUUAAAAAGCUGGUCUUUGAGAAUCACUUUCAUUUAGCCUUAACGGUGCAAAUCUAGUGUCUAGCACAUUAAAAACCGACAGUCUUGCAUCAUCAUUCGAGGGUUCACUGCCUUGCUUGAAGAAAACUGACUCAUUUUACCCACGCCAGGUGUCUCCCAGCAGGUCUGGGGAGUCAAAUUGCCAACUUAAAAACCCCCCAAAAAUGGAUUUCACAUGAACUGAAUGCUUUCUUUGUGUGUACAGAGGAGAUAGUUCCAUUCUUAAAUACAAGCCAGUUUGUAUAUCACUCUUAGCGAAAACUAACGCAACAGCCCUGCAAGAAAUACUAAGACAACUUAACGCUAAUUCAAGAGAAGAUUUCCUGCAGGGUUUGUCGUGUUAGCCUGUUAGUUUUAGCCUCCUAGACGACUGCUAACCGAGUGUGCUAACUGUACCACAUGCUUGAGUAUAUUUAGGUUUUUUUUGUUGAACUCGUUUUUGCAGCCGUCUCCAGAAGGAACCACGUCAUCCUCCACGACUGUUUGGUUGAGAGCUUUAAUUUAAAUGUUUCUUUGCUGUUGUUGGUCUUAAUGUCCUGAUAAAUAAAGCAUGGCUGCUCUGUUCAAACUGA